CGCAGAGUAGACGAGCGGCUACCAACGAUCGAUGCAGGUUUGAAAUGGCAGGAUACUUGUGUACGGGAAUCACAACCAUAACACAUCGGUUUUGCUGACUCUGUCUGGAUAUUUAAGGAGUGACCAAAUAUUUUCUUUGCAACACAUCUGUUGUCGAUCCUUGGAGAUGAAGAAGUAUCUCAUUCCAGCUGGUAAUUUAUUCUGUCUCUGAAAUGAAGUUUUCUGUUUUAACUCUGUGAAACUCACUGGAACCGGGAGCUGAGAACACCAGCAUUUGUUCACUGGAGAUCAGUUCUUCAACUGCAUUGAUUGUACAAAGGAUUCAAACGUCUGACUUUCUGAAUUGCCAGACAAUUGAUCGUAGUGAGAUAUCAUUCUCCAUCUCUCAGUGUGGGAAGGGAUUCACUCACAGGCUACCCACAGACACACCAGUGAGUUCACCGUGGGGAGAGGCCAUUCACCCGCACUGUGUGAGGGAGGGGAACCACUCAGUCAUCCAGUCUGAAGCUACAUCAGCAAGUUCACACCAUAGUGAGAUGCUCCACCUGUUCUGCAAGCAGGAAGCCAUUCUGUUAUCGAUGCUAAAGGUACAUCAGAAAAUUCACCAGUGAGAGGACAUUGACCUGCUCAGACGGUGGAAAGGUGUUCGCGCACUCAACCACACCACAGUGACACCAGCGUUCACACGGGGAGAAGCCAUUCACCUGCUCUGAAUGUGGGAAAGGGUUCACUCAAUCAUCUGAACUGAAUGAACACCAGUGAGUUCACACUGAGAAGAUGCCGUUCACCUGCUCAGACUGUGGGAAAGGAUUCAUUCUGUCAAAUCACCUGCUGCAACAUCAGUUAGUUCACACUGGGGAGAGGCCAUGCACCUGCUCAGACUGUGGGAAGGGAUUCACUCAGUCGUCCCACCUACAGAGUCACCAGCGAGUUCGUACUGUGGAAAAGCCAUUCACGUGCUCUCAAUGUGGGAAGGGAUUCACCCAUUCAUCUCAACUGAAGGAGCAUCAGCGAGUCCACACUGGGGAGAGGCCGUUCACUUGUUCUGAAUGUGGGAAGCUAUUUGCUCGGUCAUCUCAUCUGAAGUUACAUCAGCGAGUUCACACUGGAGAGAGGCCAUUCACCUGCUCAGACUGUGGGAAGGGAUUCACUGACUCGUACAACCUACAGAGACACCAGCGAGUUCACACUGGGGAGAAGCCAUUCACAUGCUCAGAAUGUGGUAAAGGAUUCACCCAGUCAUCUGAUCUGAAGUUACAUCAGCGAGUUCACACUGGGGAGAGGCCAUUCACCUGCUCAGACUGUGGGAAGGGAUUCACUCGGUCGUCCCACCUACAGAGACACCAGCAAAUUCACACUGGGGAGAAGCCAUUCACAUGCUCUGAAUGUGGGAAAGGAUUCAUCCAGUCACAUCAUCUGAAGGAGCAUCACCGAGUCCACACUGGGGAGAAGCCGUUCACUUGCUCUGAAUGUGGGAAGGGAUUCACUCAGUCAUCUCACCUACAGACACACCAGCGAGUUCACACUAGGGAGAGGCCAUUCAUCUGCUCAGACUGUGGAAUGGGAUUCUCACACUCAUCCACACUACAGGGACACCAGCGAAUUCACACUAGGCAGAAGCCAUGCACAUGCUCGGAAUGUGGAAAGGGAUUCACCCAGUCAGCUGAAAUGAAGGCACAUCAGCGAGUUCACACUGAGGAGAAGCUGUUCAUCUGCUCUGAAUGUGGUAAGGGAUUCGCUCGGUCACCUCAACUGCAGGUACAUGAGAAAUUUCACAUUGGGGAGAGGCCAUUCAUAUGCUCUGAAUGUGGGAAGGGCUUCAUUCAACCAUUUUGACUGAAGCUACAUCAGCGAGUUCACACUGCGGAGAAACCAUUCAGCUGCUCUGAAUAUGGGAAGGGAUUCAGUUGGCAAUCUCAACUGAUUGGACAUGAGCGAGUUCACACUGGGGAGAAACCGUUCAGCUGCUAUGAAUGUGGAAAUGGAUUCACUCAGUCAUCCAAACUUGUGAGGCACUACCAAAUUCACACUAGGGAGAAAUUGUUCACUUGCUCAAAUUGUUGGAAGGAAUUCACUCAGUCAUCUGACUUUAAAAUCCAUCAGCGAAUUCACACUGGAGGAUGCCACUCACCUGUUCUGAAUGUGGGAAAGGGUUCACUCAGACAUCUCAAUUAAGACUAUAAGAUAUAGGAGCAGAAGUAGGCCAUUUGGCCUUUCGAGUCUGCUCUGCCAUUUGAUCAUGGGCUGAUCCAAUUCCUCCAGUCAUCCCCACUACCCUGCCUUCACCCCAUACCCUUUGAUGCCCUGGCUAAUGAAGAACCUGUCUCUCUCGAUUUGUCCAGGAGAUGCUCAUGUAGUGAGGUUGUCUUUGGCUUUGCUCCAUUACCGUUACUUUUUUUUUAACUUAUGAUCUCCUUUACUUAAUUUAUUUUUACCUACACUAGAAGAUUUAUUCUAUACUACUGAUUUUUCCUGAAAUCUGAAGAAAUGAGCAAAGAAAUAAGUGCAAGAUCUAAAGUGCGUGAACCUAAAAAUGGGAAGGAUUUCGACGGGAACAGGGGGUAAAAAAGGUGAACCGAAGCAAAUGGAACUAACUUAUGAUAUUCUGUUGAAUCUUUGAAAUGAAAAAUUUGAAGAACAACGUCAAAGUUUAACUGAAAAAUUUGAACAACAACGUCAAUGUUUUAAAGAAGUCUUAAAAUCAAUCACGGACUCUCUGAAAUCGCUUGAUUGUGAAGUUAAGCAACAUCAAAGUAAAAUUACUGAAUUAGACAUUGAAUCUCAGAAGAGAGAUUUGAAAAUCGAAAAUUUGGAACAGAAAUUUUCUUCGACGACUAAACAACUGGAACAUUUUAAAUCCAAGAUUAUUGAUCUUGGAAACCAAUCUAGAAGACAGAACUUACGUAUAAUUGGUCUCCCCGAGGAUGUCGAGAAAGGAGAACCUUCAAAAUUCUUCUCUCAACUUUUAAAGGAUGCAUUUAGUUCUGUAUUUCCCGAUGAUCCUCCAUUGCUCGACCGUGCUCAUCGUACAUUGCGUCCAAAACCAUCCUCCGAAUUUAAUCCGAGGCCAUUGAUCCUCCGGUUCCAUUAUGUUAGCAUUAAAGAACAUCUUACUCGAAUUGCCCGUCGCCAAGGUAUGAUUAAAUUUCAGCAAUAUCAGUUCCGUUUAGUGGAAGACUACAGUCCCAAAUUGAUGAAGGCGUGGCUGGCUUUUAAACCUCUGAUGUCCGAAUGCUACCAAAAAAAUCACAAACCAGCCCUAUUGUAUCCUGCAUGUUUAAGAAUUUCUCCUUCGGACGGAUCACGUCGUGUCUUCCAUUGCACAAGUGCGGCUCGAAGUUUUUUGGAUAAGCACUAUUCAACUGCUACGGAUACCUUGCUUUAAUUAAUGUCUAGUUUUCGCAGCAUCGGCUCUCUUUUUAGGUGCUUUUUUUUAAGCCUUUAAUCAUCAUAUGAAGAAGAUCUUUUAUAAGUUCUAGACUUUCGUCUUUGGUUAGUAGUGUAGGUAUUUUUCACAUCUCAAUUAAAGUUCAUUUUUCCUACGGAUGAUUUUACUUUUCAUUAAUUUAUUAAUUUUUAAUUUUUUUCUGACAUUGUCAUCAACAAAUUGUUGGUAAAUUUGUACUGUAUGGAGGAACAUUUUCUUUGUUUUUGGCUUCGUAUAAUUAAGAUGGCAUCUGUUUCCCUUUUCUCAUAAUAUCUUUUGUUCUUUUUGACUUAAUCAUCGUCUCAGGUUUCUUCUUCCCAUAAUUCCUUUCUUUUUUUGAAGUGCCAUUUUCAAUUAUUUAUGUUUGUAAUUAAUUAAUAAUAUGCAUCAGCGCUUACCUUUUUUUUGUUCAUUUUAGAAAUCACAAUAUGUAGAUUAUUACAGUACUGUUUAAUUUUUGUUUUGGAUUUAGGCGAGGUUUCUUUUUAACAUAUCUUCUCUAGCCUUCUCUGGCUUAGUUUUGGGAUUUCAGGGUGGGGGGUGGGGGGAGUCUUUCCUUUAUUAAUUUUUUCUGUUGGGCUGAUUCGGUACUACAAAGAUGUCUGCAGUGUCGUGAUUUCCGGUUCCGCUCUGAAUAUUUAUUCCUCUUCUGAUUUCAUGAGUUUACAUUAUGGUUAACUCUUUAUAUACCAAAGGGUUAACAUUAAAUUAUGGCUCAGCUUAUUAAUUUUCUCUCUUGGAAUACAAAUGGUUUAAACGAUCCAAUAAAACGGAAAAAGAUUUUUAAAGUAUUCCAAAGACUGAAUACUCACAUUAUUUUUGCACAAGUAACUUAUGUGAGGAAAGAGGAUAAUCAACAUUUCUUUAGAUUUUUGAAGGCCUAACAGUGCCACUCGAACUCCCAAGCCAAAGUGAAAGGAGGUUAAAUUUUUAUAGAUUCCUCAAUUACAUUUACACAUCAAGACAUUAUUUCAGAUCUUAGUGGUAGAUGUUUGUUAAUUACUGGGUUACUUUUUAAUAAAAAAGUUGCUAUGGUUAAUGUUUAUGCUUCAAAUGCGGAUGAUCCCGAAUUUUUAAGCACUUAUUCACUUCUUUUCCUAAUUUAAACGAGUAUAUGUUGAUAAUGGGGGGUGAUUUUAAUUGCUGUUUAAAUCCCCUGAUGGAUAGAUCCAUAUCUAGUCAGGCUUUACCGAAUAAGUCGGCUACUCUUAUUAACUCUUUUAUGAUUGACUCUGGAAUUUCAGAAAUUUGGAGAUUUCUACACCCUAAGGAUAAAGAGUCUUCAUUCUUCUCACAUGUUUAUCAUUCUUAUUCUUGAAUUGACUACUUUUUUAUUGACUCGUUUAAUUCCAUUUGUAAUUAACUGCAAUUAUGACAUUAUCACCAUUUCUGAUCAUGCUCCAAUGAAACUUUCUGUCAAGAUAAUGGAUACUUCUACUAUUAGGCAAUGGCGAUUUAAUUCUAAUUUGCUUCGAGACCUGAACUUUGUUAAGUUUAUGAAGGAUCAGAUUGCUUUCUUCUUUUCAACUAAUAUUGUGGAAGAAAUCUCCAACGGGACAGUAUGGGACACUUUUAAAGCUUAUAUCCGCGGACAGGUUAUUUCUUAUUCUGUUGGUUUGAAGAAACAUAUUAAGAAUGAAACACUUUUGUUGGUUGACAAAAUACUUUAUACUUUAUUGUGGCCAAACAAUUGAUACUAGAAUGUACAAUCAUCACAGCAAUAUUUGAUUCUGUGCUUCCUGCUCCCUGGAUUAAAAAACGAUAGUAUAUAUUAAAAAUAUUAAAGAUUUAAAUUAUAAAUCUUAAAUAGAAAAUAGAAAAAUGGAAAGUAAGGUAGUGCAAAAAAAACCGAGAGGCAGGUCCGGAUAUUUGGAGGGUACAGCCCAGAUCCGGAUCAGGAUUCAUUCAGCAGUCUUAUCACAGCUGGAAAGACGCUGUUCCUAAAUCUGGCCACAUGAGUCUUCAAGCCCUUGAGCCUUCUCCCGGAUGGAAGGGGGACGAAAAGUGUGUUGGCUGGGUGUGUCGUGUCAUUGAUUAUCCUGGCAGCGCUGCUCCGAUAGCGUGCGGUGUAAAGUCAGUCCAAGGACGGAAGAUUGGUUUAUGUGAUGUGCUGCGCCAUGUUCAGGAUCUUCUGCAGCUUCUUCAGGUCUUGGACAGGACAACUUCCAUACCAGGUUGUGAUGCACCCUAGAAGAAUGCUUUCUACGGUGCAUGUAUAAAAAUUAGCGAGGGUUUUAGGGGACAGGCCAAAUUUCUUUAGUUUUCUCAGGAAGUAAAGGCGCUGGUGGGCCUUGGCAGUGCACUCUGCUUGGUUGGACCUCCUGCUUGGAGGAACUUAAAGCUUUUGACCUGUUCCACUUGCACACCACCAAUGUAAUUUGGGUCCUGCGGUCCGCUACUCCUUCUGAAGUCAACAACCAAUUCCUUUGUCUUGCUGACGUUGAGGGAUAGGUUAUUGUCUUUGCACCAUGCCACUAUGUUCUUAAUUUUCUCUCUACUCAAACUCAUCAUUACCUGAGAUAAGGCCUACAAUUGUUGUGUCAUCAGCAAACCUAUAUAUUCAGUUUGAUGGAAACUUGGCUACACAAUCAUGGGUGUACAGUGAGUACAGCAGGGGGCUGUGUACACAGCCUUGUGGGACACCAGUGCUCAGAAUGAUUGUAGAGGAGAGCUUGUCCCCUAUUUUUACAGCCUGGGUCCUGUCUUCGAGGAAGUUGAAGAUCCAGCUGCAGAUCUGAGUGCUAAGGCCCUGCUUCCGGAGCUAAGGAAUCCAUUUAUUUGGAAUGAUGGUAUUAAAGGCAGAGCUGCAGUCAAUGAAAAGGAGCCUUACGCAUGCAUCUUUAUUCUCCAGGUGUUCUAAGGAGUUAAAGAAAAAUUAAAGAAAUUGAUAAGAUAUAUUCUAUUGCUCCUAGUAAGGAGCUUUAUAAACAGAGAGUCGAAUUUCAAAUGGAACACAGUUUAUUAUUAACAUCCUCGAUUGAAAAUCAAGUAAUGAAAGCUAGAAGAGAGUUUUAUAUUCAUAGUGACAAAUCGGGAAAUUGUUAGCUUAUCAGUUGAAAAGUACUUAGGUUAAACGUCAAAUUAUCAAGAUCUGCAAACAUAAUGACACUUCAACAGUUGAUCAUGACGAAAUAAACAAAACUUUUCAAGAAUUUCAUACCUCUUUAUACCACUCUUGAUUUUCCUCAUGAUCCUAACACCAUGUAUGACUUUUUAAGGAAAGUAAAUUUUCCAAAAUGAUCAC